AUGGGCAAAUUAUGGUCAAAAUUAUUCUCAAAUAAUAAGCUCAGAAGAGAAGAGAAUGAUCUUAUCCAAGAAACUGAAAACGUUUUAAAAGAUAAAAUACCCGAUUGGUUAUUCUACAAAGACCAAGUCGAUAAAUGGAAUAUAAACAUUGCUUUGGUAGGAUCAAGUCAAUCAGGAAAGUCUUCAUUCAUCAACACAGUGAUAGGACUUAAACCAAACGAUAAGGGUGCAGCACCAGUUGGUAUCUCAGAAACCGAAAUAGAACCCACUGAGUAUAGUCAUCCUAAAAUAAAAAACAUCAAGUUCUGGGAUCUACCUGGCAUUGGAACACCUGAAAAUCCAGAUCUUAAAACAUACUGCAAAAACAUUGGUGGUCUGAAGAAGUAUGAUGCAUUUCUGAUAUUUAGCAAAUCAAGAUUCACAAAUCGCGAGAGACAGUUAGCUGAGACGAUUUUAAAAAGAAAAUUAAAAAACAAUUGCUUGAAAAACUUGAAAGAUUUACGGAAGGAUAAAACAGAUUUAUAUCUGAUUGAUGCGAGAUCUAAGAAAUAUGACUUUGAACGUUUGCGUGAAGAUGUUUGCGAGAAGUUGUUCCUACCAAGACUUGAAUUAUUUCUACAUUGUUUUAACGAUAAAUUUUACAAUAAAAGCAGAUUCAAGUUAAAGUUAGGGCAAGGAAAACGUGAUCUAGAUACGAUUUACGAAGAUCUAAUUGAAUCAUGGCGAAAAGUCCAUAUAAAUUUUGCCAUAACAGGAGAUUCUGGAACAGGAAAAUCAUCUUUUAUCAACGCUGUGAGAGGAGUCAAAGCAAACGAAAACGGGGCAGCACCAGUUGGUGUCACAGAAACGACGAGCAAAGCAUAUAAAUACUCACAUCCAAAGAAUGAAAACAUCAUUUUCUGGGACCUACCUGGCAUUGGAACACCUACAUACCCCAAUCUUGACGAAUAUUGCAAAAAAAUCGGAUGUCUAGAGAAGUACGACGCAUUUCUUAUUUUUUGCAAGACACGAUUCACUAACGAUGACAAAGAGUUGGCAGAGAAAGUUUCGUCUGAACUCAAAAAGCCUUUCUUUUUUAUUCGCACGAACGUCGAUUACGAUGUCAAGAACGCCAAAGAAGAUGAAGGAGGAAAUUUCGAUGAAGAAUCUGUCUUGGAAAUAAUGAGGAAAGAUUGUUUGCAAAACCUGAAAGGUUUGAUCGACGAUAAGAACGAUAUCUACAUGAUUGACAACAAGGCUCAAGACGGAUAUGAUUUCCAGCGUUUGAAAGAAUCAAUCGCCGAGUACUUACCAGAUGAAAAGAGGAAACAUUUUGCUGAUUCCUUGGCCAUUGCAACACAUGCUAUCAUAAAAUUACAGGCUAACUUGCUGAGAGAACAAGCACUUGUGGUUACGCAUUGUUUAUCGUUAGCUACGUCUUCACAAGAAACGACUCUACAAUGGCUUAUAUCCCCAGUUCUUUGGCUGUUGACAUUUAUAAGAGACAAAGUGGUUACACAUUGUUUAUCGUUUGCUGCGUCUUUACUAGAAACGACUCUACAAUGGCUUAUAUGCCCAGUUCUUUGGCUGUUCACGUUUAUAAAAGACAAAGUGGUUACACGUUGUUUAUCGUUUGCUGCGUCUUUACUAGAAACGACUCUACAAUGGCUUAUAUGCCCAGUUCUUUGGCUGUUCACGUUUAUAAAAGACAAAGUGGUUACACGUUGUUUAUCGUUUGCUGCGUCUUUACUAGAAACGACUCUACAAUGGCUUAUAUGCCCAGUUCUUUGGCUGUUCACGUUUAUAAAAGACAAAGUGGUUACACGUUGUUUAUCGUUUGCUGCGUCUUUACUAGAAACGACUCUACAAUGGCUUAUAUGCCCAGUUCUUCGGCUGUUCACGUUUAUAAAAGACAAAGUGAUCUCAAGCAAUUCAAAUCCGACUUCAUCUACAAAGCACGCAUAUCAGCUUAUCUCAAAUAAAUUAAUUCCUCGAUUGUAUGAUGCAUUGGAUGUGCCAAAAGCAAAAUCCGAUGAAAUCAUGAAUAAGCUUUUAGUCGAGGAGUCCUUUAAAAGUGUGGAAGAGUUACCACUGGAAGUUACAGUUUAUUUCCUUAUAAAGUACAUUGACCGUCUUGAAGAAUAUGCUUUAGAACAAUGUUAGAGACAAUUCACAAUAACGCACGAGCUUUUAAAGUCAUGACAGAUUUUCCUUUUGCAUGAGACUGUUUACAAAUUUCAGCGCAAUUUAAAGGCUCCAUAACCAUAAAGGGGCCUAAAUUCUUAACCAAGUUUGUAUUGAUUAAUCCGUAACUUACUUUUUUAUCUUAAUAAGAACUUAGCCGUUGUGCAGUAGCUUGUACGAAAUGUUAAGUAUUUACUUGGUGUAGCUACAUAUAUUUAAAACUGAGAAAAAACUUCACAGCAUUUAUGCACAGCAAUUUUUGAAUCAAGCAAUCAACUUUAGUUCUUUUACUCUCAAAUACUAGAGUUUACUUCAUAUCAACUUUGCUCAAACGCAAAUUCUUCAUGUAGAAAAUCGAAUACAACGCAUUACGUAAAUAACAAGCACGAAGUCCGAAUCAACAUAAAACUUUAGAGUUAAAGCUUUAUGUGACAAAUGCCAACGUCUAAGGGGACAAAUACUUUAGCUGUCAGCUGUGGCCUUGUGCUGUAGGCAAAAGUUGUUAUAUGAACAAUUACAACGUCCCGUCUUUUAAAAUAUCUAAACGAUAAAACUGUUAAUUCUGAAUACCGCCAAACUUUAAAACCUAGUAAAUAAUAGUGUAAUUAAACAAUAAUAUCGCCAUAUUUGUUGUAAAAUUUGUAACACCCUGAUAGACUGCACAAGCAGUAACAGUUAUUUCUAAAACCAAACUGAUGAAACAAUUUUUAUUAUUAACUAUCAUAAUCAUUGCAUAGAACCACAAGUGAUUUAUUGAUUGGUAUUCGUUGUGUAGUUUAAUUGCUGGCACCAUUUUUGCACACGUGAAGGAUUAAACUCACUCCUUCACAGUCUUUUUACAAAUUACCCUUAUUUUACCAUAUUCAAUUUAAAUAAAGUGCUGAUAGGACAAUUAAUAUAUAUAGGGAUUGCAAUAAAACUAUUAAAUUGCAAA